AUGGUCGGUUUCAAGCAACUUGCGCUGCUCGCAGCUGCUACCUGCGGCUUCGCUGCUCCCACUCUCAAGGAGAGAGCUGCCGAGACCAUGGUUCAGACCCGGGCUGAGAACAGCUACAUCAUCACCCUCAAGAGCUCUGUCGGCUCCCAGGGCCUCACCUCUCACUUGAGCUGGGUCAACGAUGUUCACUCCCGCAGCCUCGACAAGCGUCAGUUCACCGGCGCCGAGCGCACCUACUCCUUCAACUCCUUCCAGGGAUACUCUGGCAAGUUCGACGAUGCCACCAUUGAGGCUAUCAAGGCCAGCCCUGAGGUCGCUGCCGUUGAGCGUGACGAGAUCUACACUCUGAGCGCCCUUGUAACCCAGACCGGUGCUCCCUGGGGUCUCGGAACAAUCUCCCACAAGACCUCCGGCUCUACCUCGUACAUCUACGACAGUGCCGGCGGCACUGGCACCUUUGCCUACGUCGUCGACUCAGGCAUCAACACCGCCCACACCAACUUCGGCGGCCGCGCCUCGCUCGGCUACAACGCCGCCGGCGGUGCCCACACCGACACCCUCGGCCACGGCACCCACGUUGCUGGCACCAUCGGCUCCACCACCUACGGUGUCGCCAAGCUCACCUCUCUGAUCUCCGUCAAGGUCUUCGUCGGCAACUCCGCCUCCACCUCUGUCAUUCUCGACGGAUACAACUGGGCCGUCAACGACAUCACCACCAAGGGCCGCGCCGGCAAGUCCGUCAUCAACAUGUCCCUCGGCGGCCCCGCUUCCACCGCCUGGACCACCGCCAUCAACGCCGCCUACAACUCCGGUGUCACCACCGUCGUCGCCGCCGGUAACGAGGCCCAGAACGCCGCCAACGUCUCCCCCGCCAACGCUGCCAACGCCAUCACCGUCGGUGCUAUCACCAGCACCUGGGCCAUUGCUUCCUACUCCAACUACGGAACUUCCCUGGACAUCUUCGCCCCCGGCAGCUCCAUCCUGUCCACCUGGUACACCUCCACCACCGCCACCAACACCAUCUCUGGUACCUCCAUGGCCUCCCCCCACGUCGCCGGCCUCGUCAACUACCUCCAGUCCGUCGAGGGCCUCAGCACCCCCGCCUCCAUCGUCGCCCGCAUCAAGGCCCUCGGUACCUCUGGCAAGAUCACCGGUACCCUCAACAGCUCCCCCAACCUGAUUGCCUACAACGGCAACGGCGCGUAA